AUGUGGCCAGGGAAGACUUUUUUGCAUAAGACAAUUCAAACUUUGGAUCAAACUCUUGAAUACAAUGGGUGUGGGAAAGUCUUCUACAAGAAAACGGGCUUUGUUGGGCAUAAAAGAACACACACAGGAGAUAAAAACUUUGAAUGUCAUGAAUGUGGGAAAACUUACUGUAGGAAAUCAAACCUUAUUGAACAUCUGAGAAUACACACAGGGGAGAGACCCUAUAAAUGUAAUGACUGUGCAAAAACCUUUAGUGCAAGAUCAUACCUCAUUGCUCAUCAUAAAACUCACACAGGGGAGAAGCCCUUUAAAUGUAAUGAAUGUGGGAAAUCUUUUGGUAGGAAGUCACAACUCAUUCUACAUCAGAGAACACACACAGGAGAGAGGCCCUAUGAAUGUACUGAAUGUAGGAAAACCUUUUCUGAGAAGGCAACCCUCACCAUUCAUCAGAGAACUCACACCGGGGAGAAACCCUAUGAAUGUAGUGAAUGUGGAAGAAAAUUUCACGUUAAGAUAUCUCUUACCCAACACCAGAGAACUCACACCGGGGAGAAACCCUAUGAAUGUGGUGACUGUGGGAAAAACUUCCGUGCGAAGAAAUCUCUAAAUCAACACCAGAGAACACACACAGGUGAGAAACCCUAUAAAUGUGAAGAAUGUGGGAAAUUCUUUAGAAUGAAGACGACUCUCAAUAAUCAUCAGAGAACUCACACAGGUGAAAAACCCUAUCAAUGUAAUGAAUGUGGGAAAUCUUUUAGGGUGCACUCAUCUCUGGGGAUACAUCAGCGAAUUCACACAGGAGAGAAACCUUAUGAAUGUAGUAAAUGUGGUAAUGCCUUCUAUGUUAAAGCACGCCUCAUUGAACACCAGAGAAUGCAUUCAGGAGAGAAACCCUAUGAAUGUAGUGAAUGUGGAAAAAUCUUUAGUAUGAAGAAAUCUUGUCAACACCAGAAAACUCACACUGGAGAGAAACCUUAUGAAUGUGGUGAAUGUGGAAAUGCCUUUUAUUUGAAAGUACGCCUCAUUGAACAUCAGCGAAUUCACACAGGAGAGAGACCCUUUGAAUGUCAGAAAUGUGGGAAAGCCUUCUGCCGUAAAGCACACCUCACAGAGCAUCAGAGAACUCAUUAGGUUGGCACUUACCUUAUGCUAUGGGGAAAGCUUCUCUGUGAAGGGUCCCUUCACCAUUUGAUCACCAGGGCACACAGAGUGCACUUGUAACAAUUUGGCUCCUACAUUGGUGUGAAAAUAUGUCCUGAUCCCCUUAGGGGAGAGCUCAUUGUUUUUAUUUCAUUUGGAUUUCCCUAAUUAGUGGUGACGUUGAACAUUUUUCUCUCUGUUGAUUGCUGCAUUGACUGACUGUUCAUAUCCUUAUGCUCAUUGUUUUCUAAUGGGCAGUUUAUCUUUUACCUCUUGGUUUAGAUGUUGUUUUUAAUAUAUGAGACUAUAAAAAUUAUUUUCCAGUCAUGUGUGUUGCAAAGAUCUUCCCCCAGAC